AUAUUUUCUGCAACAUGUUUCGCUCUCGAUACGAUGUCAUUUGCAUUAUGUGAGGUAAUAAACUGUAUUCAAAUGUAAUUAUGUCUAUUAAGUGCGGUGACGAGCACCGCAAGGCGUACAAACUUUGUGGCCACUCUGCGCCUUGCGUGCGCUACCCGUACUGCCUCACCGCGUCUGUGCGUGUUCGUCCGUAGCGAUCGCGCAGGCGUGAUUCGGAAGCUGACUAACGCGUGUUAUAUCAUCUUCCGGCUCGUCGGAAAGAUGUGUACAUAAAAAUGAUAGCGCGAGCCCCGCCCUUCUCAACUGCGAUAGCGACGCUAUCAUAACCGACGUUGGUGAGACGGAGCACGAUGUGUGUGCCGCUUCGGGACAUUCGACCGUCGAGUGUGACAUCUUGAAGUGUUUCGAGGAGGUUGAGGAGUACGUUGAAAGUGAAGUCGCUUACUUGCACUGUGCAAAAUGUCGCAGGACGUGGGGUCUCCUAGCAUCGGCUGUAGUGAAGAGGCAGCCGAGCAGACGCCCGAAACUGCUGCCGCCGACGGAACGGGCAAAACCAUGGCAGCGGAGGUGACACUCGCCGAUGCCUUGUCCAACGUGGAUGUGUUGGACGAGCUGCCACUGCCGGAUCAGCAGCCCUGCAUCGAAGCUUUGCCCUGCAGCAUAGUGUAUCACGCCAACUUCGACACGAAUUUCGAAGACCGAAAUGCAUUUGUGACAGGAGUCGCCAAGUACAUUGAAGAAGCCACCGUCCAUGCCGAGCUUAAUGAAAUGCUUGAGCAAGGACAAGAGCAUGCAGUCAUGCUUUAUACAUGGAGGUGUUGCUCACGUGCCAUUCCACAGCCUAAGUCAAAUGAGCAACCAAAUAGGGUAGAGAUUUAUGAAAAGACAGUUGAAGUACUCGCACCUGAGGUGAACAAGCUGCUCAAUUUCAUGUACUUUCAGAGGAGGGCCAUUGACCGGUUCACAGCUGAGGUUAGGAGGUUGUGCCAUGCUGAAAAACGGAAAGACUUUGUGUCAGAAGCCUACCUCUUAACCCUUGGCAAGUUUAUCAAUAUGUUCGCUGUGCUGGAUGAGCUGAAGAACAUGAAGUCCAGUGUGAAAAAUGACUAUGCAACUUACAGGAGGGCAGCUCAGUUCCUGAAGGUAAUGGCUGACUCUCAAGCACUUCAGGAGUCGCAGAACCUGUCCAUGUUCCUGGCAACGCAAAACAAAAUACGGGACACGCUCAAGGAGACGCUGGAGAAGAUUGUUGGCUAUGACGACCUCUUAGCAGACAUUGUCAACAUCUGUGUCCAGAUGUACGAGACCAAAAUGUACAUGCUGCCUGCAGAGAAGCACAUGCUGGUUAAGGUGAUGGGAUUUGGUCUUUUUCUAAUGGACGGAGAGGUGUGCAACAUCAACAAACAAGACCAGAAGAAACGGAUAAACAUCAGCAAGAUUGACAAGAUAUUCAAGGCUCUGGAGAUGGUGCCACUGUUUGGAGACAUGCAGAUAGCACCAUUCCACUAUAUCAAGUGCAGCCCACACUAUGAGGCAUCCCGGUGGCCAUUGGCCAGUGCGAGCAGCCCAAGCCCCCAGUCUGACCUCUUGCAGCAUCUGCCAGCCAUUCGAGAUGACUACGAACGCUACAUCAGCGAACUCGCACGUCACAGUAAUGAGGUCACAACAACCGUAAAAGAAACACCACGAACUGAUUCAGAGAACAAGGAGCUGAAUGACUUAGCUCUUAGGGGGCUCCAACUCCUGUCUGACUGGACAACUCAUGUCACGGAGCUUUACUCAUGGAAGUUGAUGCACCCUACGGACCCACAUCAGAACAAGGACUGUCCACAGGAGGCUGAGGAAUAUGAGCGAGCCACACGUUAUAACUACACUGAUGAAGAAAAGUUCGGCUUGAUUGAAGUGAUAGCCAUGGUAAAAGGCCUACAAGUUCUCAUGAGCCGAAUGGAGACAGUCUUCACGGAUGCUGUCCGGCGACAUGUAUACUACGAACUACAGGGAUUUGUGCAGUGCACUUUGCGUGAACCACUGCGGAAGGCCGUGAAGAACAAGCGUGACCUUGUCCGCAGCAUCAUCAUGUCUGUUCGAGAGACGUGUGCUGACUGGAAACGUGGGACAGAACCCAACGAGGACCCAGCUCUCAGGGGGAAGAAAGACCCUGAUAAUGGAUUUGAUAUUUCUGCACCGCGGAGAAAUGUUGGCCCUUCCAGCACGCAGUUGUACAUGGUGCGCACGAUGCUGGAGUCACUGAUUGCUGACAAGAGUGGCGGCAAGCGAACCCUGCGCAAGGAUAUCGAUGGUCCCUCCCUCAUGGAGAUUGACAGGUUCCACAAGGGAUCUUUCUACUGGAACUACCUACUCAAUUUUAGCCAAACAUUGCAAGAGUGUUGUGACCUGUCCCAGUUGUGGUACCGAGAAUUCUACUUGGAAAUGACAAUGGGAAAAAGAAUCCAGUUCCCGAUUGAAAUGUCCCUUCCGUGGAUCCUGACCGAUCACAUCCUGACCACAAAGAACCCUUCCAUGAUGGAAUGUGUGCUGUACCCUUUGGACUUGUACAACGACAGUGCGUUCUAUGCCCUCACUAAGUUCAAAAAACAGUUUCUCUAUGAUGAAGUGGAGGCCGAAGUCAACUUGUGCUUCGACCAGUUUGCGUACAAACUGAGUGACCAGAUAUUUGCCUACUACAAGCACCUGGCUGGCAGCAUCCUGCUGGACAAGCGCUUCCGCGUGGAGUGUGCAAGCAACUCAACUUUGUUUCCCUACCCCGUGGCCAAUCGGUAUGAGACUCUGUUGCGGCAGCGACACGUGCAGCUGCUGGGCCGCUCGGUAGAUUUGAACCGCCUGGUUGCCCAGCGGUUGGGUGCUGCGCUCCAACGGAGCCUGGAGCUCGCCGUUGCACGCUUUGAGGCGCAGGACAUCACGGGUGUUGUGGAGCUCGAAGGCCUGCUGUCAGUGAAUCGUAUGACACACAAGCUACUAAGCAAGUUUGUUACCCUGGAUGACUUUGACGCCAUGCUGAGAGAAGCAAACCACAACGUCCUGGCUCCUUACGGUCGCGUGUGUCUUCACGUCUUUUGGGAGCUUAACUACGACUUCCUGCCAAACUACUGCUACAAUGCAGCUACAAACAGGUUUGUCAAGGUGAAAGACAUCACUCUGACGCAACCUGUGACUAGGGAGAAAAUGCCCAGUGCCCAGCCCCACUACAUCUAUGGCACUAAGUCGCUGAACUCGGCAUACCAGCAAAUAUACAGCCUGUACAGUGGCUUUGUGGGUGCGCCCCACUUCCGUGCCAUCUGCCGGCUCCUGGGCUACCAGGGCAUUGCCGUCGUCAUGGAGGAACUGCUCAAAAUCGUCAAGAGCCUGAUCCAAGGUACCCUGCUGCAGUACACGAAAACCCUCCUCAAAGUAAUGCCCAAGCACUGUAGGCUCCCACGCUACGACUAUGGCUCCCCUGGUAUCCUUGGUUACUACCACGCUCAAUUGAACGACAUUGUGCAGUACCCCGAUGUGAAGACUGAAAUGUUCCAAAGCUUUCGGGAAGUUGGCAAUGCCAUACUGUUCUGCCUUCUGAUAGAACAGAGCUUGUCACAGGAAGAGGUGUGUGACCUCCAGCAUGCUGCACCAUUCCAGAACAUUCUGCCACGACCUUACUGUAAAGAUGGAGAAAAACCGGAAACCAAGCUGAAGCGUCUUGAAGCCAAGUACGGUCCACUGCAGGUGGUGCAGACUAUUGAGCGCCUUGGAACACCAAAGCAAGCCAGCAUUGCCAAGGAGGGGGACCUCCUGACGAAGGAGCGCCUGUGCUGUGGCCUGUCGGUGUUUGAGGUCAUCCUGACACGCAUCAAGUCUUACCUGGACGACCCCUUGUGGGUGGGGCCACCUCCUGCCAACGGAGUCAUGAAUGUGGAGGAGUGCACCGAGUUCCACCGGCUGUGGAGUGCCCUGCAGUUUGUCUACUGCAUCCCUGUUGGCGAGAACGAGUUCACUGUCGAGCAAUUGUUUGGGGAAGGAUUGCACUGGGCUGGCUGUGCCAUGAUUGUGCUGCUUGGGCAGCAGCGCCGCUUUGAGGCCCUCGACUUCUGCUACCACAUUCUGCGAGUUCAGCGAGUCGAUGGCAAGGACGAGCUGGUCAAGGGCAUUCCCCUGAAGCGGAUGGUGGAUCGCAUUCGACGUUUCCAAGUGCUCAACUCGCAGAUAUUUGCUGUGCUGAACAAAUACCUGAAAACAAGCGAUUCCGACAGCCUGCCUGUGGAGCAUGUGCGCUGCUAUCCACCACCUAUCCACCAAUCACUUGCAGCCUCGAGACCUCCACCAGGCACCAUUUACAUGCGCGCUGACAUUGUCCUCAAGUAAUGGGCGAAUUAUAUUGCUUUCGUCAUCCAAACAGUCAUGCCAGGCCAGAAGAUUUUGAACCAUGAGAAUCAUGUGGGUUCGCUUAGCAGGAAGUUGCACUUCUGUAGGGGAAAGAAGUAGACGUGACAUAUUGCACAUUGGUAACACAUAAGCAUCUGCUGCGGUACUUUAGCUGCUGUCCAAUUUGGUGUUGCUGACUCGGUGACCUUUACGAUCAAUUCCAGUCCCACGCUCACAUUUCGUGGGAAGUUUAUCAUUCUCGGAGUGGUAGUUGGUUAUGUGUAUGCCAGCUUGGGCAGUGAAAAUAGUGUGGCCCCAAUGCCUGUAGGUGUACUCUCAGUUGCUUGUGUGAGAUUGAGGAACUUGUGGCCUCCGUGUUUCCAACUAUCAUGGAAAAGCAUAGCAGUCUCCAAGUAAUUGACAACCACUAGAUGUAAGCCUUUAGUGAGGAGAGAACAACAUUCCAAACAUGAUUCCAUUCUUUCAUGAAAGGCACAUCUGGAGGCAAGCAAACUUGUACCAACAAUAUAAAUGCCCGCCUGUGACAAGGCUACAUUGUAACAUAAUUGUUUACACUAACGCAGUAAUUUAUAGUAUAAUUGGCCUUGUGCAAGAAUGUAGCAUUGCCCAACUAGGCUUAGAGGACUGUGUAUACCAAAUGCGAUGACCUGAACUUUGAAUUGAAGUAGUAUUGUGAACGCCAUUUGGCUGACACAUAGACUGUCAUGUUUCUGCAUCAUAGUGGCAAAGUGUGUUCAACGAAGUUUCAUUGGUGUUCUUGGUUGUGAAACUCGAGGUCUUUACGGUAAUGUUGGCCUUGUUCCUCAGUGUGAGCCAUAUUUACAGCCCCUCAUCUUUUAUUUCAGUAGUGUUAGUGUAAUUGAAGUAACACUUUUUUUUUUCUUCAUUUCCAUGCCCCCCUCCAAUAAACCGAUUAAAUACAUUGUGGAAGUUUUAUCAAGCUUUUCUUUUUAAGUGCCAUUGACAACACAAAGCAGCUAAAACUUGUUUGGCCUUAGCGUUUAGGUAGACCCUAAUGUAACAGCAGAAAGUGCCUAUGGUAAUGUUCUUGGGCUAUGUGCCAAAGCCACAUCUUGAGUUUGAGGCAUGCUAGACAAAAAAUGUACUUCUCCACUAUUCCCAAAAACCAUUUAAACCUGCUUUUUAAGAAGUUAAAUGUCACACUAAACUUUACGAAAUCAACAGCAUAAAAUAGAUGCGGGCGAAGAACAGAUAGGACACUAAAGUAUGUUGAUUGACAGUACUGUUUUCAUGUGUAUGACCGACCCCCUGAUUACAAUACAGUGUAACCUUGUUCAUAUGUUUUGAAAAAUAAAUGCGAGAAAAUAAACCUACAAACCGGAAAAAUUUACGAUCCGAAGUCACUAAAAAAUUUGGAAGACCCAACUGUAGUGCACAUCUGCGUAAUACGGAGCGUUACACGAAUCUUUGUGGCUAGAUAUGCUGACACACUGCGAGCUGGGGGGGAGACACACAUUCUUUUUACGGCUUCAACAAGGUUAUGUUUGCACUCCUCGAAUUCGGCCUGGGUCAGCAGCUUCUUCAGGCAGGGCAUUUUGGCAGUAACUUUUGCCGUGCUCACUCAGCGCACGGCAUGAGGCACCGACGCCCGGCACAAGACGUCGACGCGCUUCCGAACCGAAAUCGAGUGGGUGGUCUUUACCAGAAUAUGAUGCCGCCAUAGCGAAACAUGAUCCUCACUUCGCGCCGCCUGGAGCAGGGAAUGGCAGUGCAUUUGGGUUAUCUUUUAAAAGCGUGCCGUGUGCUUUCAACAGCACUACACCACACACGCGGUGACACAGAUAGGUGAAGAUGCUUAUUGCAAUACAGUUGGCAGUGAUAGCUGUGAAUGCAGCUUGCGACGACCAGCCAGAUUCACUGUUACCGGAAUAGGAAAUAGUGUGUGCUGCCAUUUUUACGUGACAUGGGUGGGCGAGUACUGCGGGGAAGCUGCUGCGGUGGCCAGCUACUGUUCUCGAUAAUGUGCGCCAUUUCUUCUUAACAUGGAAUCUAGCAACUGGAAAAAUGUAUCAUACGACCGCAGUUUGGCGAUGUACUCAACAUUAGUGCCGAAAGAUAUUGUUUUCUGGGAACAUAUCUACUGGCAAAAAGGAAGGUUAACUGUUUUGGGCCAUUUUUUGCGUUGCCACCGGAAAGUCAUACGAAACGGAAUUGUAUCAACAAUGUUUUACUGUAUUCAGAAAUUGGAAAAAGAGUUUUGCAUGGGUCACCAUAUGCAACAAUAUUAAACUUUUUUAUAUGCAAGCAAUUUAGCAACAUUGUUGGCAUAUCUAAGAAAAAAAAAGUCAAGGAACAUUAUUGUUUUAUACAUUCAGUAAUUACCACUUCCACCUCUUCUUUGUUUACAUACGAUGUGGCUUCAUGACAAUGCACUCUGCAUCUAUAAUAACAUGCCAACUUUGCCUUCAGAUGCCGUUUCCCAGCAAUGGGGUCUAUGCUGCUGUGCAACUGCACUAAAUGGCAACAUACAUGUAGCAUCUCUCAUAGACCUCAUGUUACUUAGAGACGUCAAAUCCGAUAUUUUUUUUUUUUUUUACAUUCAUGUACAACUGUGCUUUGUUCUUAAACCUCUUUAUUAUUUUUAAUGUGGGUCAUGUGCAUGAAAACAUGGUAGUUUUAUUGGGCCAAGAUAUUUAAUGAGAAUAUACUGCUACGUAUUUAGGUUUAGGCUCAGCAGAAAUGCAGCAUUGUAAGGUUGCAGCACAUAAUGCAGAAUUUCUGUCACUUUCAGAAAGUUCUUUUAGUUCCAUUGUAAAUCGCACAUGCAGCAAAGGCGACUUUUAUGCAGCUGCUGUUUUGUCUACGUAGGUGUUAUAAAUUUAAUGGUGUGAUGUGCUACUGCCAGUGAACUGCCACCACAUGGAAAGUUUUUAAUUAGCCGUUUGAUUUCACCCUUGGCAAAAGAAACAAGUGUAAUACACAACCAGUAUGUAUGCAAUCCACAUUGUGCUUUCAUUUCACAUUUGUGUAGAGCUUUUUGUAUGAACUUAUAUUUUUUUAUUAUUAUUAUUAUUUUGUCAUUUCAUUCUAUGCUUGUCUUCCCAUACCACUGUUAGUCAUGUUGAAGUCAAUCAUCAUUGUGGCUUUUGUAUUGUGUAAGUGCAAUGAAAGAAGGAUAAUUCCUAUGUAUGGGGCCUCCUGGGCCGGUAUUUUGUAGCGAUGCCUUUAAUGUCAUAAUGUCUUUUCGCGCUUAUCGCGCUUUGUCAGUGGUCAGAGCGACGGUCCGCUCGCAUUAUCAACGUUGAUAUCGUGAGCGGACCGUCGCUCUGACCACUGACAAAGCGCGAUAAGCGCGAAAAGGCAUUAUUACUUUAAAGGCAUCGCUACAAAAUAGCGGCCCUGCUGAUGUUUUGUUUUCCAUCGUGUUCAUUGCUACAGUGUUCAAAACCUGCACAGGGGAUCACUAACUUAAGUUAGGGCAUAAUUUACUGCAGAUAUUUAUUUCUUACCUUCUACAAAGAUACUUGAAUAUCAUUUUUUUUCCCCCCCCCUUCUGGUGCAUUUGUCAGGCUUGAGAGCUUUUGGCUUUAAAUUCUAACUUCUAUACAUUUGAAAUACCUUUUUAUGCUGCUGCACGUGGCACACUGGCAUGAUGGACUGCUGUGAAAGUUUGUGUUGAAAACCAGACACUGUUAGUCGUCCUGUAAUUCCAGAGUGCUACUGUUUUUAGCAAGCUUGAAGAUGUGUAGUCUAAAAUUAGAGCUUUGUUUGUGCUGUCAAUAGGAUGUGUGUCGUGAGGAAACUACAUAAUGUGUAGUCUCUAUUCUGCACUUUCGCUAUAAACAUUGCAAUCAUUUACAAGCAAGAUUUUACACGACUGCUCUAUUUGGUAACAUUUUCUAUUUGUGUGUACAUUACAAUAAAUGGAGUCUAAUAUGUGA